UGCUCAUUGAUUGCUCAUCUUGAGCUAUGCUAAUAUGUUCCUUUUCAAGUAAGGUUGCAUUUGCAUACUCUUUAUCCAAACCAGUCGGCAUUCGGUUACUUUGACCUGUAUUUGGUCCCCGAUAACUGAUCAACAUGUGAAUCUGACAUGUGCGAUGAAGGGUAUCCUUCAUUCUUGCGGAUACUAACAAUAUCGCGACGGGUGAGAUUGUACUAUCUUGGACCCUGAAUCGGUUGAACGGAUCAUGUCUGCACGGACUGAGUUUACAGAAUCUCAGACACUCGAAUUACUCCGGCAGAGUCGUUUAGUAUAGAUUGUGAGCUGGAUACUGGACCCAGGCCUCGCGUUCGACUUCGUGAUAAACGCGAGAUGGAUGCACCGGUCACAAGCUCAUUGGACAUGCAUUUGCAAAUUUAACUUUGCCACGAUCUUUACGAGCCCAAUUGUUACAACCUCGAAAGAUCCCUGAUUGCAGAUGUCGUCAAAGUAGACUGGCAGAGACCCUGAGGUCAAGGGCCCUCGGCCACGAUACCCCAACAAAAGUCGAGGCUGCGAGGUCACCUGCCACGUUACCCCAGAUCGCAUGUCUCAGUCACGAAUUUGUAUGUCCGGCUCCUCUGACACCGCCAAAGCAACUAAUAAUACUCGGGCAGUUCUUAAUGGAGCCAGGUCUCCCUCUCCGCACCACGAAAUCGCAGCUCACAUCAACGGCUCCACGGCUGAAAUGACAGAAUGCCAUUCGGUUGCAGGCUAGGUAAUGGUCUGCACUGUCUAGAGGGUGCGUUGAGGAGAGGAGAAGACAAACAGAGGCAAAAAAAAACCAAAGCUUUUAUCAAAAUUUCUGAUCCAUAUCUCACGUGACUAAAAGCUCAAGCUACCCCACCAAUAUCCGACAUUCUACCGUGUCGUCACUGGAAUGACCAGGCAUCCAAAAGAUGCCAGCGAAACAGCUUAACCACGAAACGAUUGCGCCUCGGACCAUGAUGAUUGCCUGCGCUUCUCUAUAGUCCUUAAUUACUAUUCAGCCUCUCCUUUUUGAUUCUUGUCUUUGUUACUGCGCAUGACCUCUUCGUCUUGAUCUUGACCGUCGCAUCUAUCGCGACCUCCUUUCCGCUUCCGCCAAGACAUCCAACAUGGCAUCCGCACUCUUCUUUCUAGAUCUCAAGGGCAAGACCCUUCUUGCCCGUAACUAUCGUGGUGACAUUCCCAUGUCAGCAGUUGAAAAGUUCCCUGUACUCCUUUCAGAAGCUGAGGAAGAUUCCUCUGCUGUUCCACCAUGCUUCUCCCACGAAGGCAUCAACGUAGGUGGUCUCCAUGCUUGGAGGCUCCGCUAACUGAAUAGUACCUCUACAUCCGCCAUAACAACCUCUACCUCCUCGCCCUUACGAAACGAAACACGAAUGCCGCCGAAAUCCUCCUAUUCCUUCACAAGAUCGUCGAGGUCUUUACCGAGUACUUCAAAGCUUUAGAAGAAGAAUCCAUUCGAGACAACUUUGUCAUCAUCUACGAACUUCUCGACGAAAUGAUGGACUUUGGUUAUCCUCAAACAACAGAAUCCAAGAUCCUUCAGGAGUACAUCACCCAGGAGUCUCACAAGCUCGAGAUCCAAGCACGGCCGCCGAUUGCUGUCACAAACGCUGUGUCGUGGCGAUCAGAGGGUAUCCGUUACCGCAAGAACGAAGUGUUCCUCGAUGUUGUCGAGUCUCUCAACCUUUUGGUGUCUGCAAACGGCAAUGUCCUUCGAUCAGAGAUUCUUGGCGCUAUCAAGAUGAAGUGUUACCUCAGUGGUAUGCCCGAGUUGCGUCUAGGAUUGAAUGACAAGGUCAUGUUUGAGACAACCGGUCGAGCCACCCGUGGUAAAGCUAUCGAAAUGGAGGACGUCAAGUUUCACCAAUGCGUACGACUAUCACGAUUCGAGAACGACCGAACCAUCUCCUUUAUCCCCCCUGACGGCGAAUUCGAGCUCAUGUCCUACCGUCUCAACACCCAAGUCAAGCCUCUGAUUUGGGUUGAAUGUGUGGUCGAAUCCCAUUCAGGCUCCCGGAUCGAAUACAUGCUCAAGGCUCGAGCCCAAUUCAAGCGUCGCAGUACCGCCAACAAUGUCGAAAUCGUGGUUCCCGUUCCGGAUGACGCCGAUAGCCCUCGUUUCCGAACAAACAUCGGAUCCGUUCAUUACGCCCCUGAGCAAAGUGCCAUUGUCUGGAAGAUCAAACAGUUUGGUGGUGGCAAGGAAUUCCUCAUGCGUGCUGAGCUGGGCCUGCCAAGCGUGAGAGGAGAUGAUGAACAAGGUGGCGGUAUGAUGGGUGGUUUCGGUGGUAGCAUGGGAGGAGUCGGAGGUGUGGGUAAGGGUGCCAAACGACCUAUCCAGGUCAAGUUUGAGAUCCCUUACUUUACCACAAGUGGUAUUCAGGUUCGGUAUCUAAAGAUUACCGAGCCAAAGUUGCAAUAUCCUUCGUUGCCUUGGGUUCGAUACAUUACCCAAUCUGGCGAUAUCGCUGUACGACUUCCUGACGCGGUCUGAGUCGACUACAUAAUCGAGCGGACAACUACACCUAGCUCAUGGAUGGGAUAACGAACAUGGGGCAAACUGCAGAGCAGGGGCUUCAUACAGGAAUGAAUAAUAGACUAAAUCAAUUCAAGCUUAAGCUGUCAAACAUUUGGUCAAUCUCGAACAAUAGCCCUCUCCCACUCAAAACUGUGGAGAUCUUCUCGAGUAGAGUAUUGGUUGUCUGGGUCGAAAAACACCUUGACAAUAAAUCCUUUUGGAUCUUCAGAAGCUGUUGGGGGAUCUGUGGUUGUUAGCUGUAUCAGCAAACGAAUGGACAACAUACGUCCUCUAGGAGCAUCAGGACUUGUCCAAGCUCCAUGUCUCCAUAAUCGAUUGUGUCCAAGAAAUACACUGUCUAUCGAAUGGUUGCUCAUCACACUGCCUGGAGAUGCAUUCAAUGCCAUGAGCCCCAGAACAAUCGGCAGCUCUCCUCCAAGGCCUGCUGAGUGUGGUGCAUCACGUCGGGGUGCUUUGUAGGUCAGAGGAAGUAGACCGGGAAUCCACGCAGGAUUUCUGCCAGCAACGUGUAGCAAAGGACCAGGCCCGGGACCCAUAGUGCUGGUGAUGGUGCUCACUUGAGAGAGCCCGGGAAUGGAUGGUGGAUGAAAUACACGUAGGAGUUCCCAGUUCGAUAUGGUGACCAGAGGAUCAUAUUCAGUGACCAUGAUUGGGAGCAGUGGAUUGCAAGCAGCAACCCCAAACGUUUUAUACUCCUCAGCCGGGUAUACUUGUCCAUACUGAUCCGUGACGCAGUUUCCGCGGACGUCCACCCUCAGUAAUUGUCCUUCGGAUGCCGGAAGCGUGGAAGCGUCUCGAUACCAUCGCCAAUCUGCUGCUUCUGACACUUCGCCGUUCUUGUAGCGCAUUACUUUGCUUGGGACUUCGCCGCGGUAGUAGUUUGGCGAGCUGGGUGGAAUGAGGUGAAGAUAAUCGUCACGUCCUGGAUUGUGGAUGACGAGUUUGUUGGCGAUGAACAGGAAGCCUGGGGUGGGUUGGCUUGAAGAGCUCCCUUUCCGGCUUGAGCUAUGCUUUGAUGUUUUCUGACAGUGUUAGUUGAGCUUGGAGCUUGGCUUUAAGCGUACCUGUUUCAGCAUGAUCACUAGUUGACUUGAUCAUCUGUCGAUCACAUUUGAGCAAUUGCCAUUUUAUAACUCACUCAUCCGCAGAGCCUCAUCUCGGAUUUACCACUUGGCUUUCCUCGGUCGCUAAACCGGUGAGGAAACCGACUUCCGGUGACUUGAAGCAAUAGAGUGGGAGAAUGACGACACCAU